AUGAAUCCAGCACAGGCGGUGGAGCGCUCGUCAACCCGGCUCUACCGGGACUGCUUGAGGCUGGUCGACCACAUCGCCUCGAAGAGCCCCAAGGGCCAGCAGCUCCGUCUUAUCCUGAGAACCGAGUUCAAGAAGAACAUGGGCGAGACCGACCCAGUCAAGAUAGAAGCGCUCAAGGGAGGCGCAAUACGAGGAUUGUCAAACUACUUGGUGCACGAAUCGGGCAGCAACGACCCGCAACUGAAGAAGCGAAUGGAAGCAGUCAAGACCCACGCCUUGGCCGACCUCAAGCAACGACAACAGGAACGGGACGGGAAGCGGUGA